AUGUCUGAGCCAUCACCCAGUUCGAGCUUCAAUGCAUUUAACACCGAUGAACACUUCCAGUUUUCAGGGGUGGCUGGUCCAUCCUCUGAUACUAGAUUUACCAGUUCAAGCCCAUUACGGACACCAUGGUCUAACCUUCGAGCUUCUCCCUCCAUGCAAGCCCCGUACUCUCACCAAGCGCAAACCUCCAUCCACUCCAGCCCUCCGGUACCGACAUCAUCAACUAUGCAAGCGCAGUAUGCUAUGACACCACCACAACGACCCCAAUAUCCCACGGCAAUACAAUACAUAACACCUCCGCUGUCUGUCUCCGUGAAAGCGCAUCCUGCCCUAGGGAAUGGGUAUUGGGUUCCGGCACAAUCAAGCAUGGGACCACCAAUCUUCGUACCAGGAAACUGUCCAAAGGAUUUGCGACCUCCUGUAACGCUUACCCCGUUUACGCCGCAAUUUGGCAUGCACUUCCAAUCUCAAGGACCGUCAUAUCCAUAUUUUCCGCCAACAGAACCUAUCCCGCUAUAUCCCCGGGCAACUUUGCAGCGAUCCUACGCAACAAACCAAAAAUUGCGAGCUAAGUUCGAAGAAUUCGCCAAAAGAUCUUGGCCUCCCUCAAAAAAGAAGCAGAAGAGUUCUUCGCUGAUGGAGGAUAUGUGCUUUGCUGCCGAUUUCGGUGACAUAGUUGAUACAGAGGCGAUUCAGAAACACAAAUCGAGCGGUUUAUAUGCAGAAGUUGAAUUGGAAUCGCAUUCAGGAUCAGGAUUGGGAUCAGGGUUGGAAACGGAAUUUCCAGACCCAAGCGAGAUUCUUCCAACUCAAUUGAACCGAGGCAGAAAAAGGAAACAUUCAUCACACGACUACCCGACUUCUUUCCUCCUUCUAUGUCGACAGUUAUGGGUUAUCAUGCUCCAGACCGACGAGUUCUCGAAAUGGCUCAACACAACCAUUACCCUCUUGCAAAAUCUUCAAAGUCCCACCAAAGAUCAAGUAUUCGAACAUAUCUGCUCAGUCCACACUAAUAUAAUCAGUCAAACCAGUUUGAUCUUAUCAGGUCAAGAUGGUCCGGGAGGACGAAUCGCAUACCCGGAUAUCAAAGUGCCGUCUCCGCGUCUCUGGUCCCUUCUAGACGAAAUCUUUACCGAAAAUAGCUUCAUACUGGAUCGAAUUCUUGGAAUUCGGGAAUUAGCUACCGUGCACCGGCACAAGCUGGGUCAACGACGACAGGGAGGACUCAAUUAUGUGCAAUAUGUGAAGCUUGAUAGGGAGAUCAAUCAUCUUGCGUAUCGGGUUAUGGAAGAUGUGGGAAAGCUGGGGAAGAUGCACUGGUCUUUUGAAUAUUCGUUUCAGAAGCUAAGGUCUUAUCUUACGGAUAAAAUAUGUUAUGUUCCAAGUGGAGGACCAUUGUUUGAGGAGGAGACGAAGCCUGUGAAGGCGAUGAAGAUCUUUGAGGGGUUUGCGAUGGACCCGAGUGCUGAAUCAUUGAAUUGGAAGAAAUGUUAG